AAACAUUUCACCCAACAUGACUUCGGUAUUCGGGCCCAUCGCUGAGGAACACCAAGAAAAGUUCGAUCUCGGCAUCUGGCACGCGCUCUUCAACUGGGCCAACCUUACCAUCGCUGUACAAAACCAAUGGGGCGGUCCUGAUUCUUCAGAAAAGCGCGACUGGCUUGCAGGCCAGAUUUCGGAGCGUUUUGCAGCAGAGCCUCUGACCGAUGCCGAAGAUGUGGAAAUCAUGCUUCUGCAGGUCCUCGAGGAUGAAUUUGGUGUGCGAGUAGAAGACGAUACUGAAGUCGCAGUCGCGCGUGAAAUUAUGACAAUACGCAAAGAAAUUGGCGAGGGCAGCACCGCAACGGUGGAUGCGCUGCAGAAAAAAUGGGAGGCUAGAAAAGGAAAAGAGGUUGCGACUGGCAGUGUAAACGUCAAGGAGACCAACCAAGAGGGCGAGUGGGAUAGUGUGGAUGAGGAGAGUGACGAAGACGACGACGACACAGAGAUGACGGAUGCGCCUGCGCUCGUGCCCACAAAGCCAAAGACCAAGCCCGAGCCAGAGGUUGACGAGGAUGGUUUCACGACGGUUGUUGGCAAGAAGAAGAGGUGAAAGGAGGUCUGACUAGGUUUGAUUACGACGACAAAAAACCAUGCGCAUCAUGAAAAAGGCGCUGCCUGGCGGAGGCGGGUCCGGGAGCAGUGCUCAUGGCAGAUGGUGUGAUAAGCGUACUAUGUACAACGCAGCUGCCAACCGCCAUGUUGGAGAGAGAGAAGGAAAAUAUACUUCAGGGACUUUAAAAAGCAAACUCAAAUACCAGUAUCAUAUCUGCUA